ACUGCGCCAUGGAAGGCCAACUCUUCCCUCAGUGUAUGCACAGAGCUCACUGUUGGAAAAUGCAAGAACCUCCAAAGAACAUUGAAGAAUUCUUAAAGCUUCAAAACUUGGAUCACUGGCCAAAGGAAAUCCAUUUUGGGGAUAAUGAUAAAUUGUUAUGUACUCUGAAGAAAAUAAAAGAAGAUAGUUCAUUUACUUCAAUUUAUACACAUCUAUGGGGAAAUGUCCCGCAAGUACAUGAUGCGGCCAUGGCCAUGGAGUCAAGAUUAGCAGAGUGUUCAAUUCUUCUGAAAAACCAUGUCUCUGGAAUAUUUGAGUGGAACAGAAUAACUUCCAGGACAAGUUCUCAUGGAAAAUUGGAACAAUAUAAGGCAUUUCUAAGGAAUUACCAUAAGGAAAAGAAGAUAAUGCUUUCAGAUGACAUGGAGACAAAGAAGGAUAUAGAGGGUUGCAACUUCCCAGGAUUCAGAACAAAUGAGCUUACUCAACUACCCAGACAUUUGAAUGCUGAACGAAUUUAUCUUUUUAUUUUAAAAGCCCAUAACUUUGAUGGAAAAAUUUUUAAAAUCUGGAAGACUCAUUUCCUCUCAGAAGCCUCUGUUGCUCUUUUGCAUGAUUCCUUUUGGUGGUGGUUUCUCCAUAAAUUUAAGCCUGACAGAGAAAGUCAAGAUUCCUUGUUUGAUAGAAUUUCAGAAAGUUAUGUGUCACUUUUCAUGAGCAUACCUCUAAGUCGAAAGGAUGCAUUCUUUCAGGUGUAUCCUGAUUGUUUGGCACAAGCUAUCUGUGCAACAUUCCAGGAAGCAUUUCCAAAAUCCACUGAUUUCUUUAAUGAUGAAUUUAAAGAAGAUCUAGGGAAUAACAUUUUUCUCUGGUUGUCAGGUUUAAAACCUAAAAAAGACUUUUGGACCCACUGGAAGCUGAACGAACUCUCCACAAAGACCAUUCAUGGUAGCAAGAAAACACCUUCAGAAUCUAUAAAGGACAGGAUUGCAAGAAGUCAAGAACGCAUAUCAACUUGUAAGUAA